AGGCACGUGGCCUCUCCCCCUCUAGCUUGAAGACCCUCGUGAGCGUGUUGCAGCUCUUGGACAGUGACCGCCAGUCGCCGACGCUGCUGACUCCUCUCUCCGGUCCCGUCUUUAAAAAAAGAAUUAAACACCACGUACCUUAUUUCGUCUCGUCGUUCUCGUGUUACCUGCAACUUCUAUAUUUGAUUGUUUAAAAAGAGAUCGGAUAUAUUUUUUUUCGUAUACCCUGCAAACAAGUAUAGCUUUAUCCAGUGUGCCGGUCAACCAUGCGGAGUACAGUAUCUUUAGUGGCAUCGUUCAUCUGCAUUCUCAUCGGUGACUGCACGGCGCAGUUAAAAACUGACGCCGUUAAAAUCAAGACCAACUCUUCCAAAGGUAUUUCCUGUUAUUCACGUCUGGAGGGCGAAGAAGGUGUUUUAGAAUCGCCCAACUAUCCGUCGGAUUACCCAUCCAAUCAGGAUUGUAAUUAUGACAUUGUGCGGACAUCUUCAUCCGUCUGCGGCAUCCGUCUUUACAUCGAAGAUUUGAACAUACCGGGUAGCAUCACCAAGGGUGGUGAUGUCUGUGUGAACGAUUACAUUGCGGUUGAGUCUUGCGUGCCGGAAGGAGGAGCUAGAUUCUGUGGCAACGACUCUGGCAUUUCACAUCAUUACAAUUUCCAACCGGGAGCGACGGCCAUCCGACUUUCCUUUCAUUCCGACUCGUCUGGUAGUGGUCGUGGCUUCCGCAUCAAGUACAAAAUGGUGGAAGAUUGCAGUAGUUAUUUCUACGACAUUGUGCCGUCGGGUAUACCUCCCCUUGUCGGCUCCGCCACCUGUUUCACGCGCAUCUCUGAGCCUUCCGGAACGAUCAACACUCCAUACCAUCCAAAGAACUACCCGGAGAACCUCGACUGUGUCUACCAAUUUGUCAGGACAAACCCGAAUUUAUGCGGAGUGCGGAUGAAGACGAUCAAAUUCGAUUUACAAUCUCCCAUGGAUACACCGUUCGGUGGUGCUUGUUCUGAUUUUUUCCACAUGCCAUCCUGCGGAUUCCUUUGUGGGAAAAUGGAGUUCUCAUGGUUUGCUCGAUAUCAACCCGGAGCUACCAGUUUGGAAUUCCAUUUUCAUUCAGAUGAAUCUACAGGAUUGAGUGGCUUCCUUAUAUCUUUCGAGCAAGUCUAUAAUUGUUGAACCACAAUGCCAAAUAGAGGAAUCAGUGAAGAGUAGGAUUGUUGGAGCUCAACAAACUUUUUUUUUUUUCGUUUUUUAUUUCGAUUUUAUCCAUCACAUUUGUACAGUUUAAAUGCAAAACUCUUUUUGGGUUUUGUACCUCUCUGACGCUCCAUAUAAUAAUUUGCUCAUUCAUCCUUCUCAUUUAUAAAACGCCCAUUAUGUUCCAGAAACUCGUUUUCCGUCGGAUUGUGUGGAUCAUCAAUAUACAAGGCGAAAAUCCGUUUACAUUGAAAAA